AUGCCGUCUGUAACCGAUAGUACAACGAAACUUAUUGACACACCUAAAGUUUUAAUCUGUGUAUUCUGUAUUAUAAUUUUAAUUUCAAUUAUUAUUUAUAUUCAAACAGAACAACUACCUAAUCAGAAUCAACAAGAUAAUCAGAAAAUCGGUAUAAAAUAUCUUAAUGAGGUUCCGAAAAAAGUUCCACAAAAGCAUUUCAUAAUUAAAAAUCAAACGAUUACUUUAAGCGAUAUAUUUAUAAGUGUAAAAACUACGGAUAAAUUUCUUUCGAGUCGAGUUAAUCUUUUAAUUAAGACAUGGUUUCAAUUAGUGAAAGAUCAGACUUGGUUUUUCACCGAUGCCGAUAAUGACCAAUAUUAUGAACUUACAAGUGGUCACUUAGUCAAUACAAAUUGUCCACAAUCACAUAAUCGUAAAUCGUUAUGUUGUAAAAUGUCUGUCGAAUUAGAUUCUUAUAUUAAAAGUAAUAAAAAAUGGUUUUGCCACUUUGAUGAUGAUAAUUAUGUGAACGCGAUUCAACUACUUAGUACUUUACAAAAGUAUAGCCCUUUAAACGAAUGGUAUUUAGGUAAAAAGUCAGUACCUGUUCCAAUGGAACUUCAUAAGCCAAAGAAGCAAUUACGAAAGGCCAAAAAAUUGUAUUGGUUUGCCACGGGUGGUGCUGGUUUUUGUAUGAGUAAAGCACUAGUACUAAAAAUGGCCACAAUUAUUAGUGGAGGCAAAUUCAUGACAAUUGGUAAUAAACUUCGAGCACCUGACGAUGUAACCAUAGGAUAUAUAGUAGAAAAUUUGUUAAAUAUUCGAUUGACUGAAAUUGAAAAAUUUCAUUCGCAUUUAGAAACAUUACCGUCAUUUACUAAAGAAUAUAUUCGAAAACAGAUCUCGUUUAGCUAUGAUUUAAAUCGUGACGAAUCAAAUGUAUUAAACAUUGAUGGAUUCGAUAUAGAAAACGAUCCAACCAGGUUCAUGUCGUUGCAUUGUUUUUUGUUUCCA